AGUUUUCCUCUCUGAGGUUGAUUGAAUCUCUCCUUAUCGGAUUGUAGGUCUGCUUCACAUGGAUCUCCCGCCUCGUUUGAGUGCUGCUUUUUUCUGAUCUUCAUCCGGCUAAAUUUCUCAUUGUAAUUUCUUUCAUUAUCUUGAACUUGAUAGUGAAGGUUUCGUAAUGGGCUUUUUCUUCUUCUUCUUCUUCUUCUUUUCUUUUUCGGUAUGCCGCUCCGCGAUCAAGGAGCGAAAGAACCAACAAGUGGGCUGUGGUGAUGUCAGAAUUUGCACCUAUUUGUAUCUAUUUAGUGAUCAGUCUGCUAGUUUCUUUGAUCCCACUCGGUCUUCCUUUUCCAUUUGCUUCCAAUAGUUCAACCUAUCCAGAAAAAUUGUCGGCCUAUGAAUGUGGUUUCGAUCCUUCCGGUGAUGCCAGAAGUCGUUUCGAUAUACGAUUUUAUCUUGUUUCCAUUUUAUUUAUUAUCCUUGAUCCGGAAGUCACCUUUUCUUUUCCUUGGGCAGUACCUCUCAACAAGAUUGAUCUGUUUGGAUCUUGGUCCAUGAUGGCCUUUUUAUUUAUUUUGACGAUUGGAUUUCUCUAUGAAUGGAAAAGGGGUGCUUUGGAUCGGGAGUAAUCACUAACUAGUGAGAGG